AUGGAUGGACCUUAUUUGGCACUUCUUCUUUGGAAAGACAAUAAACAUAUAGACUCAGAUCUCAUUCCACGCCAUGAACUGAGCCUAUUCGACUUGCUGGGCGACAAGUGGACUAAAAGCUCAAAGAGGAUCCUUCUCAAGUCAUUGGAUUUUGGUUCCAGUGCAAUAGAUGAAGCUAGUUGGAGGGCACUUUGA